CACCAUGAAACUGAAAGAGAAGUUGUGAACACAGCGAUCUUACUAUGAAACAGCAAGUCCUUAUUUUAUUCUUUCUGCUUUCUUUCCAAAUCCUUAUCACCUCACAAGAGCAGAACAGAACAGACUGUCAGGCCGGACAACACUAUGUGAAUUCGAGAAAAGAAUGUAGAAACUGUCCCAAUAAACCCGAACAUAAGUGGAGUAACGACGCUGCCACCAAAUGUGAAAAGUGUAAUGGAACUAUUUGCAGUAAGGGCCACUUGGUCGAUGUAUUUAUUUAGUAGUCACGUUGUAGAAGUGCGCCGUUCUGACCUACCACCCUUCUACAAUAGUCAAUACAGUACUGCAGAGAAUGUCUGACUGAUGUUUGUGAUACGACAAGUCCGGAGCACUACUUAAGUGGAGAUAACAGCGAACUCAAGGAGAAAUGUCUAGAUAAAGAUAGCACGCUCAAUUGUUCUCAAGAUUGCUACUUGCAGUCACGCCAUGCAUUGACGCGUUGUUAACAUUAUAGACUGCAAUUGUGAUAAUAACCGGAGAACAAUGGAUUCGUGUGUAAAAAGGAAAAAAUUCACCAAAGAGUGUUUUCAAAACGAGUGUGACGGAACGAUGUACUACCUGAAGGAUACCGUGUUGGCUACCCUCAGCUCCUGCUACAACCAGUAUAAAGUUAACGGUACCUGCGGUAGAAAGGAAUGUUGGGAAACUUUCUCGUCCUACCAGGCUGCUCUGAAGACUUGUAACUGUUACCACACUUAUCAACUUGAUGGCAUUCCUACGGAUACUACCAAGAGCUGUCAAGAUAGAAAAGAUUUCUACGACGGGUUGUCUAAUCUGUGCACUGAAAUGCCCUCCCACACUACACUCAUCAUCACCAUCGUACUGAGCACUGGUGGACUUCUCUCUGUAGCUGCUGUAAUGUAUUUCGGUCAAAAACACGCAGUUAACUACGGACGAGAGUUGAAGAAAAGCGGUAGGAUCGGUUCAAUACUGAAAUAUAUAGACUGGGACAAGAUAACACCACUAGGAGCCGCUGCUUUCGCGCUCGGGAGAAAUAGAAAUCCUGACAAUUUGCAGGACAAAGAGAUAGUCUUGAAGAUCAGGUUCAACUUGUUAGGCGGAUGUUUUGGGGUUCAGUGUCAACAUGUUGUGUUGAAAAUAUUCUCCGAGUCACAGUCUGAACAACAGGGCGUUGAAAUGGGAAUCAUCAACUCAAUCUCUGAUAAAGAGAAGGCUAAAGAAUGCAACAUAAUAUCCGUGUAUGGACCAACCAAAGAAAAAGAUAACAAUGAUCUGAUAAGCUUCUUGGAAACUCUGAUUAAGAAGUCAACGAAAUGUGCUCCCCUUAGAGAUGUGAUCAAGAGGAGUUAUCUUGGAGGUGAUCAAGAUCAAAACAUGGAGAUUCCUCGAUGCAAGUACAUCAUGAUGAACCACUGUAAUGAAUUAUCGCUUACCAAGUUUAUUGGAUCCAAUCGUCUCACGCUUGACUUAAUCAAACACCUCUGUAAAAAUCUCGCCGAAGCUCUGAACUAUCUUCAUGAGAUAAACAAACCAACUAUAGUACACUGCGACAUCAAACCUGACAACAUUUUCGUUAAAAGCCGCAACAAGAAAACGUCUUUUAUCCUCGGCGACUUUGGUUUUGCUGAAAAGACGGAGGGAAAAGUGUUUCGUCUCAGAGGUAGCACCCCAAGCUAUGUUCCUCCGGAGUGGUAUUUGGAUCAAAAGGAUAACAAGGGCACGAUCGAGCUCAAAAACGAGUGCGCGUCUGAACUUCAAAAACGGGUUUUCAGUGAGCGGGCAGUUGUAAAUAAGCAUAAAACGUACUGCAAAAUAGAUAUAUACGCUUACGGCCUUAUCAUCUGGUUAGCCCUCUACAGUGAAGUUGAGCCAUGGACUGAGAAAUCUUCGGAUGACUAUAAAAAUUACAAAAAAGAACAAACCGAUCAAAACAAUAGGAUUUCGAAAGAAAAGUUUCUCCGUGACCUAUUCAACGAUCCAAAUAAGUUUGAAACCAGACCAAAAUUUGAAGACGAUCAUUCAAACGCAAAUAAGGAUUUUAAAUUUUUACUCGACCUUGCCAGAAAUUGCUGGCAGAGUGAUUCGAGACUCAGACCUUCAGCAUCAAACAUUUUACAAAUGUUACAUGAUAAUGUAUUGAUCUCCAGUAGAAACUCAAGGAGAGUUGUUUAUCAAGUGCAUAAUAGUGUGUCUGCCGAGGUUCAACCUACCGUCCAUGUUUGAAACACGAAAAUGUAUUGUAUUGUUAUAUUUCGCGCUUAAUUGUUGCUGAAUAAAAGGUAUCUUUUAAUUGUAUGGUGUACAAGAUCGGUGUACUUUAAAUUUCUAAUUACUUAAAACGAACGUUCAACUAUACUUUAACUUUAACCUUUUUAAUAUCUUUAGAUUUAACAGAUUAACAGGAUUUAUUGUAUACAAGUUUUAACAAGAAAACGUCUUAUUUUUCACAAGGUUGGUUGUUGAUUCAGAAGUCAGCUGAUGACUACGUUGACAUUGAAUUGUUUAAUAAAUAAAAAGUUUCUCCAUAGUGGGGUAAUAGUAAUUUUGACCUAUACCCAGCUUUAAGUUUAACUGGUACAUCUAUGGCUCGCUUCCCCGACGGAGAAACAGAUAGAAGUGAUACGAAUGCGCGCAGAGAGCAUAGUCCUGGAUAUAUAUUUUUAUAAAUAAUUUAAACAUUAACUCUGAUUUUUCUUUGAGUUAUUUAUAUUUGUGGAACUUUUAGUUUUUGUUUAUUGCAUGGAGAACAGUGUAUAAUAUACACUGUAUAUAGUUAGAAUAUAGGUAGACUGAACUAUAAAAUUAGCAUUUUGUUCUCCUUGCGUAAUGCCAAUGGUGUGUGUUGUAGAUUUGGGUGGUAAAUAAAUACCGGUAUACGUUUGAUUUAAUUUUAUGAUAAUAUUAAUUGUGUCAGAUUUCAGAUUUGUAAACAUGUAUUCCAUUUUUAGAUUUGUUCUUACCCA